AUGGCACGUAUUUUUAUUGUCGUUACAUCCUCAUUUGAUCUGAUCCAACCUCACCUCCUUCGCAUUUUACUACAGCUGCGAUUUGCCGUCUUAAAUGAUCCAACUCUGCCCUCUGGCAGCAAGAUUGCCCAGGAAAGGAGUAAAGAAGUCGAGGUCGAGAAUGCUCUGGCCGACUUUACAAAGACUCUUCAUUCUUACCGACAAGGACGCGUCCAAGAAGCUAAACAAUCCUUGGAAUCCUUACUCGCUCUGGAUUUCAUGAAUGAUGCACUACCUCCUACACCAGAUAUUCAAGGAUCACACAUCCAUGCGAUACAAUACCUAGUGAGGAAGAACUAUGCUGCCAUACUAGAGUCUGAAGGUCGUAAGCAGGAAGCAGCUGAUUACCUUGCUCACGCCUUGACGAUCGAUCCAACGGACGUGACUACUUGUUGCAAGUUGGCUACACUUGCUAAAGAUUUGAAAGACCUGGAGCUUGCUCAAUUCGCUUAUGAAGAAGCUGUUCGUCAUGCUAAUGGAUAUCAGAAAUUGUCAUGCUUGAGAGAUUUGAGUGAGGUCUUGUAUGAUCGAGGUGACUAUUCAGAGUGUCUCCGGCGAGUCAAACAAGUCUUGAAAGUCGAGUCGUUCUGGGCUCGUGGAAUAUGGUUGAAACACGACAUUGUUUCAUCAUUUGUGCAAUCAGCUCAACAGUCACAUGCACUUGAAUCAUCCUUGGAUGCUUCUGAUAUCGUGGAGUUUCACAACUAUCCGAAUACAGCUAUGGAUGAACUCAUCGCCAAACAUCCAGAAAUUGCUCGACCACGUAAUGCUAUUAUCCCAACAAAUACUCCAAUCGAACGCAAGGCAUACGUCUUGGAUGAAUUGAGUUGGAAUACUCUUGGGCGUUUACUUUUGCAGAUUCUUGAGGAGAGAAUAAAAUUGUCACCAAAUCUACACACUAUGGUCGGAGGUCCUAUCGUAAUUGAACUCGCACCAGAAAUUGCAGUGAUUUCGCCCAUAGUAAUUGACGACGACGUGCCUCCACCACCUAUAGUCAUUAAUCAAAUGCCUCCAGAUCCAGAUGUAAUGAUCGUAGGAGAAGACGAUACUUCCGAUAUAAUGAGUGCUAUGCAAGAUGGUGCCACUGUCUCUGGCGGUGAGCAAAAACGAAGACGUACCACCACCACUGGAGAUGAAGAUCGACGAAAAUCGAGACGUAUGAAAGAAAAAACCGUCUUGAAUGAACCAUCCGAAAUAUCUGUGGACGAUGAAAUGAAGGAUGCUUUGGAGAGAUGGUUGCCAAAACCAUGGACUAUAUACGGACUAUCAGAUGAUAUUACUCCAAGUCCUGUACCAGACCCGGACGUAUACGUUUCAAGAGUUGGUGGCAAGUUGGGUGCCCUGUUUCCAAUGGAUUUUGCGUUUAGUGGAAGGGCUACGCCAGCAUCAAUCUCUACAAACGAUGAUCCAUACUUUGGCUCGACAGCUCCAAUACGUGACUUUCUAGCUCACAUUCCCAGGAACGCAGAUAUACUCGAUAUAAUGCGUCAGUUUGUCAUUCAUUUGAUUGUGGAACCUGCGUUUUCGACUAGAGCUUGGCCUGUCGAAUUACGUACAACCAUAUUUGAGACUAUUUGUAAAGUUGAAGAGCAUUCGAGUUUACUCUCAUAUAUUCGGAACUCAUAUCCGAUCUUAUGGUGGUCUGAUGCUGAUGUGAUGGAAGUUGAAUCUGUCGAAUGGAAUGAUUCUAUGGUGCUGAAGAUAUUUUUGACUGUCGGAGAAUUAGCGUUGGAUGCAUUACCACCAGCUCCUAGAAUUGAUUCCGGGCGUAAAGUCAUUCCCGCCCCGCAACUCGCUGUCCCUGCGACAGGUCGUGGACGCCAACGAGCAGACAAAAUCGGAAAGGAUGGGCCUGUAGCUCCUGCUUCAGUGUCUGUCUUUCAUAACACUCUGGCAUACUUGAUUGCUCUUAAUUCAAGAAUAUUUGCUGAUCAAAGUAUUGAGUCUGAUAUUGUCGUCAGGUAUCUAUGUUUCUUGGGUCGAGCUGAGGAGCGAGCAGGUCGAAAUGAAGCUGCUCUGAACUCUUAUGAGCUGUGUCUGGACUUGUUGGAUGAGGGUGACGAUGUUAGCUUGUUGCAUAGUACAAGUCUCUCUCACAUCAACAAGGCUACAAUAUUGACCAAAAUACGUGCCAUUCGAUCCCAAAGUCACGUUUGGCAAGCCUUGCGUGAUUAUGAAGCCAAAGAUUAUGCAGCAGUUGCUCGUCGUCUUGUACCCAUUUUGCUCUUUGAACCAGAGCAAGGUACUACUGUCGAGCCCGUCACAAAUCAUAUCGACGAACAAGAAUCAUUGGAGCAUGAUGUGGUUUCAAAUGCCAUGAAGUAUGUGAGAGCAGAAUGUACAUUUGAGCAGAGGUUUAAAUUGUAUCAUAUACUUGAAAGGAGUCUCUUCAAGAUUGGGCAGAAUGGAGAUGGAUUGAUGUGUCUCAUGAGAGCCCUUAUUGACACAGUGCGUAAUAUUGAGCAAAUUGAUGCUUCCAACGAGGCCAUGAAUGCUGACAAGCUUACGAUGAUACUCGGGCAAAUCAUUAGAUUCUUUGAAACCCAUUCACUCUCUGAUACACUACUACUAUUUGCAAGCAGCUCUAACGUCACAUAUAAAUCAUGGUCAUUCACAAUGACGAAACAAGUCCUAUGCACCUUCUUAUCCUCUAUAUUUUUACUAUUACGACUAUCUUGGUAUGUUGCCAAGCACGAAAUUGAGAUUCUGAGUAGUUCUACUGCACGUAAUCAACCACGCAAAGAAGCCAUGAAGCUCUUCUUGACACAUAUAUGGCAUUUCUCUAUUGAUUUGUGGACAUUCCUGUAUACUGAUGAAGGUCGUAGAUUCACAAACUUGUUGGGAGCUGUGGAGCCAGCAUCAGUCGCAUCAAGUCAGAAUAUAUCUGAGGACUUGUCGACAAGUGACGACUCGAGAGAUCCUCUUGCUGAGGUGAUGAAGGUUAUGCAUGAUUUGUUGGGUCUUCAUGGUAUCUGCUGUUUGGAUGACGCUGCAUUGAUGCGUUCCUCCAUGGCGCAUUUCAAAUCUCUCACGAAAUUGAACUUGUAUGAACGCGAAUUGUAUCAGAUCUUUUACUGCUUGUAUGGUGUCUUGAUUCAGGUUGAACAAGAUGCUAACAUUGACGAGCAUGCAACUAUACCAAAAACAUUCGGUAGAGAAGCUGCCUCCGAAUGUUUUGAUAUCUUGUCUGAACAUUUGAUGCGAAAACUUUUCAAUGGUGGAACGAAUUUACGUACCUCCAUUGAAGUACGUGCCAAUUUGCAACAGAUUGCUGAUGCUAUUGGACCAUUGCCUCAGAAUGUGCGACUUCUGCUCAAUAGGGAGGCCAUUGACAAGUACCUCACAUCGGAUAUUGAUGUGUCUGCCAUUUCAUUUGGUCGAUCUUCAUCGCUUUAUGUGUGGGAUAUAGAGGAGAAAUCUAUGUCACAUGUCCACUUCACAAUACAUGGUCUACAAGGCAAGCUGGCAUGGUCUCAACAUAAAGGUAAACAGCAAAAACACAAACGUGGAUCUGAAUUUCUUGGAAUAUGCUCUGCAGAGUUUCUGAUCAACCUGCAGUUAAAUCCACACAGUCGAGAUGCUUGGAUUUGUCUUGGUCAAACAUUUGCCGCUGAAUCGUAUGAAGCCCUUGCAUGGUCUGCUAAGGAGAUUAUAGAGCAUCGCAAGAACAUUGCGGAUCUUCAAAAGGCAAAUCAUAUCAGGUUGAAGAUGAAGAGAGAUACAUCUCACCAGAACUCUUACUCACCAUGGGGUGAAUUGAGUUUCCUAAUUGACUCCAUCAUCUCACAGCCCAUGAGUGGAUAUGCACUACGAUCUCAAAGCUUACGAGUCAACAAGAUUUGGGCUGAUCGUGAAAAGGCCGUACUAGGGACUGGUCUACAACAACGAGAUAUCAGUCCACCACGUCUCGUCAGUGGCGAUUUCGAAGAUCAUUUGCAGUCAUCACGAGCUGCUUUACUUCGAGUUGCUGUUUGGACAUUGAGGAAGCGUAUGCACGAAGAACCUAUUGAAUGGCAUUGGCCAUUUUUGAUGGGUAAAAUGUAUGAGAAGCUUGGAAAGGACUUUGAUGAAACCUUUGCUUGGUAUGAAAGAGCCCUUCAAUUGGUACCUGAAGAAUGGACAACCAAAGAUCAGGAGCAUAUAUUGGAUGUCAAAGUCAAGUUUCUCAGUUAUCUUGCUAAGAGCUUACACAAGGGUCUCAUUACCCCUGAAGCCGUAUGGGAAAAGCUUGCAUUGCUUGGAGUAACGAAAACGACAGAAGCUGAGCCCAUAUCGCCAACACAUUCGGAUGAUGCUCGUUCUGAAGCAUUCUACAAAUUGUGUACGCAGCUGCGUCUCAUUAAGUUGAUGGACAAGAAACGGUGGCAGCACAAACCGUAUUAUCGGCUUGCUUGGAUUCUUUAUCACGCAUUCCAUGAUGUCCAAGCUGCUAGAGCAGAGAUUUCGAUUCUGUUUGCAGUCAAAAGUAAAAGUUACAUCAAUUUCUGGAGGUCUGAAUUCGAAAGACCUGGCAAGCAUUACGUCUAUGCUGAAAAGUACACAAUCUUCUUCAUUCAAUUAUUGGAUGAGACGGAAGAUUAUGAGACAUUACUAUUACUUGCCAAGAAGAUUCGCAAGGCUGAUGAUACUCUCUUGACAUGGAAUAAAGUGUUUGCUCUGGCGUUCAAUGCUUGUCUGAAGGGAAUGAAAAAACAAGCUAUAAACUUCACAUUUGGUCCCACCAUUGUCGGUCGAAUCAAGAAUGCCGACUUGGAAAGGAAUUCUGCCGUACUUCAAACCGAAGUGUUUAAAGUAUUGGAGAAUCCUACAACCAGAGAAGCAGCAACAGACUUUGCGUUACUAGUCAAGUGCUUUGAGCUCAGAAAGGCCAAUGAUCGAGCAGUCGAUGAUUCAGAAUUGGAAGAAAUCAUGUUUGGCUUGUAUUCCAAGAUAUAUGAUAAUUUCAUGGCAACAUCCCCAGCUGCUAGUGUUGUUGAUCAGAUCGGAGUACCUGCUGCAGCAGGGGAAGGUAAACCGGUUACAGCUGCCGCUGUCAUGAAGAAGAUAACACUUCUGUGUCGCAAUCCACCAAAGGCUGUAAAUCCACAAGCUCCGGCAGAGCCUGAACCUGCAGAAGCUGAUGAGAAUACGCGACAAGAAGAAGGCCCAGCUGGCGGAGAGCAACAAGAAGAUUCAACGGCAGCACGAGUCGACCAUGAAGGGGAUGUAGAGAUGGGGAAACAAGAUGAUAUAAAGCCUGACUCGCCAACGCGUGAGGAGCAUACUGCAACAAGUCAACCUACUGUAUUGAAAAGUAGUAGACUUGCUGCAAAGAGGGAAGCUAGUAAAAAACUGUAA